AUGAGGCCGGAUGAGGUUACAAAUCAGGCCCGUCUACUAGACAUGCUGUGUAGUCAAGUCUUGGCUCACUCCGAAAUCGACAGAGCCGAGAUUGCGGAAAAGGAAGCUUUUCGCCAACGCAUACAGCACAUUUGCCGCGAGGUCAUCUGUCAGUUUGAGGAGCAGCAGGAUAUGAACAACCGGAUCCCCCCUAUUUCCGUGGAACUCAAAUGCUUUGGUAGCCUGGCUUCCGGUUUUGCCACCAAGGCAUCAGACUUGGAUCUUGGCUUGGUCUCGCCUCUGUCCAAGAUUCCUCCCGAUGCCCCAGGGUCACCCAUUCCUCGUCUGAUCGAAAAGGCCUUUCUGCAGGCGGGCCUCGGUGCUAGACUUCUGAGUCGCACAAGGGUUCCAAUUAUCAAGAUUUGCGAGCGCCCUCCUGUGGAGCUCCUCAGGGGCCUGCAUGACGAGCGUGAGAAAUGGGAGCGUGGCCUUGAUAAAGAUGAUCAGUCUGGUGCUGCUGAAGCCGAGCCCGACAACGACGGCUCUGUUCAUGGAGGCGACAACGAUGAUCACACGCAAGGCGCAACGGCCGAUGCUAGUCCAAGUUCUUUGGGCGAGUUUGAGAUCAUUUGCAAGGAUUCCGCCGAACCACAGCGCUUUCAACUCCAACAGGGGCCCAAAAACUCUUUGGACUCCUACUAUGGUCUGGCCAAGCGUAUCUUACGAAGGGCUGGUGGCUUUGAUAUCACUGCCUCGAACUACAGAGACUUCAUGGAAGCCGACUGGGACAUUCUGAACAAGGUCUGCGACGCAUUCAUCCAGGGGCUAGCAGAUGAUUCCUUGAGGGAUCAUGUUGCCACAUUACCCUCCAUCGCCCCAGCGGGUAUGCCUUCCAAUGCAGCCCAUCAUCGGUCUCUCUUUGGAUUAUUUAUGCAGGUAGAGGGAGAGCACAUCUUGCGCCGAUGGGAAUCAUGGCCAGAGGGCCUUCCUCUCAAACAGCUGGAAGAUGACAAGUGGAUCAGACAAUGGGAGUCUCUUCAGCAGAAGCCACUGUUCGAUAUCGACCCCGUUUCGUACAACAGGGAACUUCAACUCGCCCUCGAAAGAAUCAAGAAAAUCCCCUCUGUACAGCUACUGCUGCUUGAGCAGGAGCAACAAGAGACGCCCGCGCAAUACUACACCAGGAUGACAAACGUCAUCAACAGUCUGAGGGGCUCGGCAUCUGCAGCACCACACGCCAUAGUCCGACGAUACGUGGACGGAGUGUUUCAGGAAGAGAUACGGCACCAGCUGAGCGAUUAUCUCGAGCAGUUCCCGGAGCAGGCAACGAUUCAAGCGGUCGGAUGCCGCCACAAGAGCAUCCAUCUGGCCAACGAGCUGGAAAAGGCCGUCGAGAGCAACUUAUACGACGCUGUGUCGGUGCCGUACAUUACGAGAUAUGUCGAGCUGUUGCGCCAGCCCCUGCAGAUGAGAGUGAUAGCACCAGGCAAGACUCGCUAUGUCGUCCCAAUCCCGGCCGACUUUGCUGCCACUUUUGCCAAGAUCAAGACUCUCACCGAUCCUCAUACACUGGCGCCCAAUCAGCCGCGCGAGAGGUAUCGUGAUCCGCUCGAGUUCCCCAAGACAGACGUCGGCGUGCAAUGCGACAUUAACUUUUCUGCCCAUCUGGCCCUCCAGAACACGCUUCUGCUGCGGUGUUAUUCGCAUACGGAUCCGAGGGUCCGGCCCAUGAUCCUCUUCGUCAAGCACUGGGCCAAAAUGCGAGGCAUCAACUCUGGAUAUCGCGGCACUCUGAGCAGCUAUGGCUAUGUCUUGAUGGUUCUUCACUAUCUCGUCAAUGUCGCACAGCCCUUUGUGUGCCCGAACCUCCAACAACUUGCACCGCCUCCUCCCAGCAACCUGUCUCCCGCUGAGAUGCAGUCCACGAUAACCUGUAGGGGGUACAACAUCCAGUUUUGGAGAAAUGAGGAGGAAAUCAUACGGCUGGCGUCCCAGAACCAGCUCAAUCGAAAUACCGAAAGCGUUGGCCAUUUAUUGAGAGGAUUCUUCGAGUAUUAUGCUCAAACUGGCCUGAUGAGCAAUGGCCACGGCAGGGGAUUCGACUGGGGUCGCAACGUCUUGAGUCUGCGAACUCAUGGAGGAAUACUGACAAAGCAAGAAAAGGGCUGGACGGGGGCCAAGACCGUCUACGAGGUCCAGAAUGCGGCUGGGGGUUCAACUACCCAGACCGCUCCCGCACAGCUGAACUCCCAACCGCAGGCUGCCCCGCCAGCUACUAAGGGUGGCGAUGUCAAGGAGAUUCGGCUUCGGUAUCUCUUCGCCAUCGAGGAUCCGUUUGAGAUAGACCACAACGUGGCCCGAACGGUGACGCACAACGGGAUCGUCUCAAUUCGCAAUGAGUUCCGUCGGGCUUGGAGGAUACUUCGCGCGGCUGGCAAUGGGGAUGUUCAAGAAAACCUGUUGCAGGAUAUCGAGGAGGAAGAGGGGAAUGUCCCGGCUACCUUUCAGCAACUGCUGGCAGACAUACACGACAUUACUCCUGUAUGA